UGCCCCUUCGAAUCCGGCGUGCGCAUUAGUGUGCAGGCAGUUGUCCAGAAAUGAAUUCUUCACUGAUUGAAAUACGAACAUCAAUACCACCGAUCACAUUUUCAUGGCUGGAUUAUGUAGUGUUUGCGGCACUUUUGGGUAUGAGCGGAUCCAUAGGAAUCUUUUUUGGGUGUUUCGGUAGUAAGCAGAACUCAAGUGGCGAAUAUCUUUUAGGCGGGAAACGUUUGCACAUAGUUCCGGUUGCGAUGUCCAUAAUCGCUAGUAACAUAUCGGGAUUGGCUGUCUUGGGAGCUCCCGCCGACAUCUACAGGUACGGCGCGUAUUUCAUAUGGUCAAUAAUACCGAUACUCACGUCCUCCUUGGCGUGCGUUUACGUGUUCAUGCCCGUACUUUUACAACUGGAACUAAUCACGACCUACCAAUACUUGCAACUCCGUUUUGGUAAAUCGGUAAAGAUCUUGGCGUCGUUUAUGUACAUUUUUCAGCUUGUGACAUACAAUCCCGUGGUUAUCUUCCUACCAUGCUUAGCUUUCAGUCAAGCAACCGGCUACAACAUUUACCUAAUUGCUCCAGCCACAACUGUAUUUUGCGUUUUCUAUACUGCAAUUGGCGGAUUGAAAACGGUCGUUUGGACCGAUACUCUGCAAAGUAUCUCAAUACUUUUAGGUUCAGUUGUGGUACUCGCCAUGGGACUGUACCAGAGUGGUGGAGUUGGCAACGUUUUCAAAAUAGCAAGGGAUGGUGGACGACUUGAUGUGUUCAACUUUGAUUUAGACCCUACCGUACGAGACACUUUUUGGACUUUUGCAGUGGGAAGUAGUGCCAUGUGGAUGGUAGACGUUGCCGUUAACCAAGGUACCUUACAACGAUUGAGUGCAGUACCGACAUUUGCUAAAGUGAAGCUGGUUAUGGUAUUGUUUGGCAUCAUUUCCGUUAUAUUUAAAGUAUUGACCACGAUAACGGGUAUAGCAGUGUAUGCAAGGUAUGCAGACUGCGAUCCACUUCAGUCGGGUAAAGCACUUCACAUGGACCAACUAGUACCUUAUUACGUUAUGGAUGUUGGCGGUUCAAUUUUGGGAUUACCUGGUCUUUUCAUUGCCGGCGUCUUUGCAGCUGCUUUAAGCACACUAUCUACAAACUUACUCAAUUUAGCAACGACCAUUUACACAGACUUUCUAUCUGGUUUUGUACCAAAAUCAACACCCGAAAAGAAAAUAAGUUACCUAUUGAAGCUUAUAGUUGUAGUUGUGGGGAUUGUCGAUUGCUGCCUGGUAUUCCUUGUUGCAAAGUUUGGCGGAAUUUUGCAAUUUGCAAUAAGCCUUUUGGGCAUUACAUAUGGUAGUUUGCUCGGGAUAUUCACGCUGGGAAUGGUUUUUCCGAUAGCCAACGAAAAGGGUGCUUUGAGUGGAGGAAUUGCUGGACUAAUCUUCAGCGGCUUUAUGGUUUUUGGUAACCUAUUCUAUAAGUACCAUGGAUUACUUCCUGAUCAUCGAAAGCCCAUCUCAACGCAAGGAUGUAAUGUAACUACACCGUUGCUAAGCGACAAUUACAAAAGUUACGAAGGAGAAAUUCCGUCGGCUUUCUUCAGGGUGUCGUUUUGGUACUUUUCGAUAUGCGGAUGUAUUGUCACGGUGGUAGUUGGCUUACUAGUGAGCUUUGUAACGCGCAAAAGUGACUCCAACGUCAGACCCGAACUGAUCAGUCCAGUUUUCCAAUUCUUGUUACCGACGAAACAAUUAAAGAAAGAUCGAAGUUGCAAAGACGAUAUUCCUUUAAAAAGAGUUCCAUGCGAAAUUGUUGAGUAGCUAUUUCAUUUUUUUGUAAUCGCAAACAUUGUGUUUUUUGUGUGUUUUCAUAUUGCCUACACCUCACAGCUCACUAUCAACUUGUCGCAAUUGCAAUUGAAUCAUACAGCAGUACAAGUACUUCACCUUUACUGCCAGUGUUGAAGAAAGGUGGAAGCGCGAGGUUUUGGGGUCGGGUUUAUGGCAAUGCCCUUUGGUCUGUGCAAUGCCCCCUCGUCUUUCGAAUUAAACUAAUAAAAUGAUUCUAUGCCUUCUCUAAACCGGAACGCAAUUGCUGUGUUACCCGAAGAAAACUGCUAGCCAUCAUCAAGUGAAUCGAACAUUUUUGUAUAGUCAAAAGUUUCUCGUAAAAAACUACUAGGUCCAGCAGCAGCCAACUACCCAAAUUGUUGGAAAGACCGUAAGAGCACGAAUUCGUAACAGAACACCGUACGCGGUGCCUUUAUAUUGUUUUUUUUAUUAAGUAUUUACUUGUGUAUUCACGUGGAAGUAUAUUAUUA